UUGUGUGGUGUACCUAUACAUACAAGCUAAUUUAUUUAUGUUACUAAUUCCCCGUCAAACAUGUCUAUACAUGUUCUUCGUAAAGCAAACUAAAGCCAUUUAAAUAUUUUAUAUGACUGCAUGAAAUUUCCACACAAUACUACUGCAAGUUAGUCGUUGACUGCAUUGACUUGGCUUUGUUCUUGCAAGCAAAUUUUUUAUUUUAUGAUCUGCCCCUUCUGUCCAGCAUAAGCCUUUGUAUACCUUUUUAUUAAAUUCCAAUCUUGUAAAAAAAUAUUUACAGUGGCUAAUAAAUUUGUAAAAAACUUUUCACAAUGACACUACACUGAAAACAAUCAUGACCCACAUAUUAGAAACCAAUACAUAUUCACAGAUGAAUGUUUUUCUCUAUCAUUGACCUUACUAUCCUCCCAUUUACCAAGAUUUAUGUCACAAAUUAUUGCAGUAUGUGUUUGAGACCUCUUUUGACUUUUGAGCAGUAGAGAUUUGCUGUUAGUGUUGUAAUGAGUGACUAGUCACACUUCCAACGUGAUUUGCAAGUCAUUCACCGUGCAAGUUAAUUACACUUUUGGUUUGACUUCUUUGCUUAGCUAAACAAAGUCUGUGUUUCCUAAUAAAGUUUCUAUUUUUUAACCAGUGUGGACAAAUAAUCCACAAUACAGCUCACAGAAGAAAUUAAGCUGCACCCUGCAAGCGCUUGGAUAGUGCUACACAAAGAGUUGCCUCGACGCUAUAAGUCCGUGCGCUAAAAAGGAAGCGCAUCGCUGCCGUUUGCCAUAUAAGCACGAGUAUUAAAGUGCGCUGACGCAAAGAGCGCAUUUGAAGCUAAACAGCCGCACGCAAGUUGACCGACGACGCGUAAGAAGCAGGCCUUGACGCACGCGGUUCGUAGACGACGCGGCGACGUAAGCGCAGAAUCCUAGAUAAUCUCCAUGGAAGGCGAAAAGACGGACGCGAACGUGGAGAAAUCUGACGAGCAAAUUUGCAGAGAUUUCCAGCGAGGUGUCUGCAGUCGCGGGGAUAAAUGCAAGUUCGCUCAUCCCUCGGGAAUGGGCAGCGAGCCUAAAGAUCAGCCAAUGAUAUGCCGCGAUUUCCAAAACGGCACGUGCAACCGGAGCACGUGCAAGUACCUUCACGUGACCAACCAAGAGGAGAAAGAUUUUAUGCGUACCGGGCAACUUCCGCCGGGACAUCCUCGCGGCGUACGUGGGCGGGAUUCCAACGUUCCGAUCUGUAAAGAUUUCCUCAACCACAAGUGCAACCGUGGAUCUGGGUGUAAGUUCCGUCACAUUCCGGAGGAUAUGUACGGCGGUGGGGGAGGCUACUACGAUGAACCACCGCGGAAACGUCCCAGAGAUGCGAUGGAUAACGACUACCGUUACCUCAUGGAAGAAAAUGUCUCGUUGAGACGAAAAGUAUCCGAGCUGCAGAAAGAUGUUUCGGAUCUUCGAGCCACCAAUGAUAUCUUGUUGGAGCAGAAUGCCCGCUACAGGAGGUCCGGGGGAGGUGCGGCUCCCUCAUAUGGAGGCGGCUACGGCACCGAUUCGUACAGCGGUUCCGCUUCCAGCGUAAGUUAUCCUUCACGAGAUUCAUACGCGGGUGCUGGAAGUUAUAAUGCGUAUGCAUCUGCCAAACCCGCCGGAACAACUGGUUACGAUGGUUAUACCAAGUUUGAAUGAAGAACUGAUUGGAUAUUUUAAUUAUUAAGGGUUUUCACUUUUUAAUUAGCUACAUAUUCAAAAGAAAACUAUUGGCAGUAAUGAAGGACGCAAUACUGCUCUCUUUUUAGUUAACAUGACCUUGUGGGAGAGAUCGUUUGAUAUCCUGAGAGGCAUUUUUUUAAUUGGUAAAAACUCUUGUAGAAGUAUUACCUAUCCUUCCAUGGUCGUAAUAUUUCUAAAAACGUUAGUCUAUAACUAAAUGCGGCAGUCUGAUAAAACUAUGUUGAAUUUCAUGUUACAACAGGCUAUCUCACGAUCCAUCUUUCCUUACAAGUUAAAUAUUCUGUAUGUAGCUUUACAUCAUGUAAU